AUGAGUAGUUCACUGAUUUUCGUUUCUGGUUUUCCAGAUGGAACGAGCGAAAUAGCGCUAAUGAUAUACUUCCAAUCGGUGCGAGAAUCUGGAGGAGGAGAUGUCGAAAGCAUCGAAAUCGAUCGCAGAACAGCCAGAAUCACCUUCACAGAAGCGCAAGGUAGAUUGUUUGAGUUACAUUUGGCAGCGUUUUAAUUAAUAAUCUUUCGAUAUUCUCACUUCGUCAGUGGUUUAAAUCUUACCUUUAAGCGCAAAGUGACCGAAGAUGACGGAAACAAAAAUUGCUUAUAAAAGCUCAGAUACGAAACCGAAACUAAAUUUCCUGUUUUAUGUUCUACUCAACGCCGGUUAAGGCCAAUAUGAAAAGUGCAUUCGCUUUGCACACUAUUCUGUUUGCAUUGAGCUUUGGGAAGAAGACCUGGCAUAAUCCUUUAAAAGGUUGGCGAGGAGAAAGGCUUUGCGAAGAUUCCUAAAUUUAAAUGAAUUUCGCGAGGAGUUCACGCGCUCGCUGUACAGUAUUGCCUUAUUUAUGACUACCUUUUGGUAUAUAACUUUGCCCGAUAACACACGCAAUAGUAGCUUCCAAUCUUAAAAAAGGAUAUAAUUUUCACAUCAAGACAAUGCCUUGUGGGUUUUAUGUAACCUGAUGCAACCUUUUAUCGAAGUAGGUAAUCAAUGCAGUAUAUUAUUUAUAGGCAAUCAAAACAAAAUAUGCCAUUCAAAGCAAGAACACUUGUUAUAUGAAAUACUAUCGUUUCAAGGAAUACCACAAAAAUAAACUUCAUCGUGUAAAAACUGCUUUAUUAACUAUCAUCCAACUACACUAAGUAGAGUAAAAAUAGGGUGCAAAUCGAGUGUAAAAUAUCAAGCGAUAUUCGGUCAGUUUGUCAUUUUGCAUUGUGAAAAAAAAAACGUGUUUGACCGGUCGGCUACGUGCGUGCUACGCUUCUCUAUCUACUUCGCUUUUCCCACUUGAAUUUUGACUCGCCUUGCAGUCAGUUUCAUGAUGAACUUAGCCACGUGUGUUUCCUGUUGCUUCACUCGUGUUGUGAAAUAACUGUAGUACAUCACCGUAUAAGUACUAUCCCUCAUCGGUGGAGAAGUACGGGCUCAUCCAAAUACGGCACCAUUCGUAAAAAUGGUCAGCGAUACUACAUACUAAAACGUGCAAUAUAAUAUAUAUAGCUCAGGCGUACUCAGUCCGCUGAUUUCUAAAAUCUAUUUCAGAACCAAUUAAAAUAAGGCCACAACGACAAGUCCUAUCGUAUAAUGACAUUCACAUGACGUGCAACCUAACAACUGGGUUUUUUUAUUAUUAUUUGGAACUGAAAAAGUCGCAGAUAGAGUGUUGAGCCUACCCCAUACUUUAAAUAUUUCAAUAUUCAAUGAAUACUGCAACGUUCGCCACACAAAAUAUUUAGUAAAGAGGAUUAGAUAUUAUAUUUCAACAUAGAAAGAAGGGUAUCAUUUUCUGCCCUUAGCUAUAAGGUAAACCAAACACAAUAGCUAAAGAAGCGUGCAGAUCUUCCUUGAUUUCAAAACCAAAGGCGUCUCAGGGUUUUCACGAGAAUUUUUCUUUUAUGGGAUUGUAAUGACCUUCACAAGACGUGCACCCUAACAACUAAUGUUUUUUGUAUUUACAACUGACCUAGUCGCAGAGAGAGUGUUUAACCGAACCCACACUUUUAAGAACCAUACGCUUCAAAUUACUCGCAUGCCCCAACAUGAAGGAAGAUCUUCCAGACUGGAGGAAAAGAGGAGAGCUUCAUUGAAUGAGGUGAGUCCAAUUUUGUAGAAUGUGCAUGUUCCCUGCGGUGGAGGGAUGAAAGUUGGUGUCCGGGAGUAGACGUGCAGGCUGUAAGCGGUGGACCCACUUUGAUUUAAAAAUAGGGGAGAUCAUGGCUUCCUUGAUACAUAAUGAGGUGAGCAUGCUCACUUCAUUAUGUACCAGCUUAUUAAAUCAGAUCAUACCCCAAAAUACGCUAGCACUGCGUAGUAUUAACGAAAUGUUUUAAGUUUAUUUUCGCGUUUCUUUACAUUUUUGUAUUCAGGAAACCACAAUUAAGGGCUAGUGCUGAUUGGUGCACAAGAAUGCAAUGGAUUUCUUCUUGUGUUUUGCUUACGCUGAUAAACAGCAACCUAAAAUAAUAUAUUAGCUGUUAUGAGUGCUAUAGCUCAUAGGGGUGGAAGUUCCCAGCCCUCUGUCAAGCAGCCAUUACUUUUCUCUUUUUAACAGUUUGAAAAUCAAGACACUUGUCGAAACAAUAGCAGACAGCGAAAUAGCAGUACAGAAGAACCUCCUUCCUCUCAGGAGUCAGCCUCUGCAGCAUCAGUCCAGAAUGGAUCUCCAAUUCCCGAGCGAUGCAUAAUCGAAGUAACUGGUUUGCCAGAUGGUGCAUCUGAGGAUUUGGUAACAAACUACUUUGAAAACGCCAAACGCUCUAAAGGGGGUCCUGUGUCUUCCGUAGUCAUGACACCCAAACUCCGGAAGUGUCUGGUCACCUUUGAAUCUCCUGAUGGUAAGAGCGAAUGAUAAUAAACUCCCAUCAUUUCAUUUUAAUAGUUUGUUCCAAAAAAAGUGUUCGUAAAUGCUUAAAUUCAACUUUUUUAGAUGCAGAGAGGACGAUAAAUCAUUCAUCUCACGUUUUGAGCGGAGAAAAACUACAAGUCUCGCUGUUUAUAGAGGAGGAUGAAAGUGCCGUCGAAUUCGAUGAAAACAAAGGAGAAGACGAAGACCUGGACAAGGAAGGGGGCAUCACCAUCAUUGUUAGCGGCAUCCUGUCUUCUACCUCAGAAGAUACAGUGAUUUUUUACUUUGAGAAUUCUAGACGAUCAGGAGGAGGCGAUGUCUUCGAUGUCCAUUACAACGAUAAAGGGGAAGCAGUGAUAACUUUCUCUGAGGUGAAAGGUACAUAAUACUUUCCCUUAAGUCUUUAAGGUGACAGAGUUAUUGAUAAGUUCAGGUCUUUCUUGAGAAAAAGUAGACGAGUUAAAAGCUAAUGCAUGAGGUAUAAUUCAGGUAAAUCUCACGGUGGUUUUUUGUCAGGAGACGAGAGGUUCUUCAUCGUCUCUGACGUUGCAAUUACAGCAGUUACCGAAAUACUCAACUUGAUUUCUCGAACGAUUAAAUUGCAAGUUUCCUUUGGUUAUCAACCUGUCACUUACUAUCAUUUUAUGUAUCAGUUGCGAUCGAAUUUCUUUCGCCUCUGAAAUUGGCUAAGUCCUCGACAAGUGGCUUCACAAUUAGUCAGUCAGUUUGGUAGCUGCGCCAAGCCUAGUCCACUUGCGUCUAAGCUAGAUAGAUUACCCCCCACUUUACUUUUGAAGAUUACCGUGUUGAUAGCAUUCCGUUUACUCUGAAUUACCUAUACUUACCCAGUCUUAUCUGACAGCUUUUUUAAAAACUAGCGUAAAAAGGUAAGGUGGAUAUACUAGUGGUAUAACAGUAAGCUCCAAUCCUUUCACUUUUGUUGAGCUGCGUGGAUGGGAGAGACUGGUGUACUCCUUCUAACGAGAAUGUUCAAAUUCGCAUGCUCACAAAUCCACAACACAAGUCAAGAAAGCAAGUAGAAAACGUUCUUAACGUAAAAGUUUCACGUAAAUCUUUUGAUUACAUUAAAAUUUUAAAUAAUAAUGUUUAUUACAGACCUGCAGCGCCUUCUCGAGAAGCCACACAAAAUUGACGACCGAAUAAUAACAGUGGUGCGACAACCUCCUCCGAAAAAAGUGCCUCUUGAUCCACUGAGACUUCAUGUUCAAGGAAUCAGCAAAACGACCACUAAGGAUUGUUUGUCCUUUUAUUUGGAAAAGUUUGCGGAUGUUGAUGUUGAAGAAGUCUAUCUUGGUGUUAAGGAUAAUGCCCUAGCAGUUUUUGAAAGUGAACCGGGUAAUUUUAAGACUAAAAGAAAUCAAUUUAUGAUUCUUAGAAUAGAUAACAAUUUCAUGGCUAUCUUGUUUUUUAAUUCGAUUCAAAUGCAAAAAGAAGUAUUUUAGUACUAUGAGCGUAAAAGAAAAAAAAAAAAAAAGUAAUGAGAAUGAUCAAUCAGUUGCGUCUCAAAAAUUUAGAGUGCAGUGAUGGCUUUAGAGUGUUUUUAUGGCUUAGUCAAUCAUUCGUAAAAAUUUUUCCUUAAUCUUUGUUGUACCUUAAACAACAUCUACCUAGGACAACACAUUUAUUCAGUCCUUGUUCUGGUUGAUAUAUCUUUGAUAGAAGUUACAAGUUACAGUAGAAAACACCGAUCUUCAUGGUUUGUGUAUUACUUGAAAAAUCGGUGAGCGUUUUAUGUCAAAACUGGCCAAAAUCUUUACACUGUUAAUUACGCGCGUGGUAAUGUCACUCUUCUCCACAUAUUAUCUAUUGCAGACUUUGAAUCACUCUUGCAUAAAGUUAACAAUGAUAAAAAAGGCUUAGAGGGAAAGAAACCUCGCCUGGAAAGAGUACCAGUCUGUUCAUGUAUUCUGGUCACGGGAUUGAAGAGAGAAUCAACCGAUCACACCAUUGAUCUUUAUUUUGACAAUGAGAAGCGAAGUGGCGGGAAGGAUGUCAGCAGAGUGGAAAGGAUUAGAAAAGACCAGGCUUUAGUCCACUUCGAGGAUCAUACAAGUAAGAAAUAUCUAUUGAUGUAUCAAAAAAUUUCUUCCUCUUCUUCUUCUUCUUCUUCUCCUUCUCCUUCUCCUUCUCCUUCUCCUUCUCCUUCUCCUUCUCCUUCUCCUUCUCCUUCUCCUUCUCCUUCUCCUUCUCCUUCUCCUUCUCCUUCUCCUUCUCCUUCUCCUUCUUCUUCUUCUUCUUCUUCUCCUUCUUCUUCUUCUUCUUCUUCUUCUCCUUCUCCUUCUCCUUCUCCUUCUCCUUCUCCUUCUCCUUCUCCUUCUCCUUCUCCUUCUCCUUCUCCUUCUCCUUCUCCUUCUCCUUCUCCUUCUCCUUCUCCUUCUCCUUCUCCUUCUCCUUCUCCUUCUCCUUCUCCUUCUCCUUCUCCUUCUCCUUCUCCUUCUCCUUCUCCUUCUCCUUCUCCUUCUCCUUCUCCUUCUCCUUCUCCUUCUCCUUCUCCUUCUCCUUCUCCUUCUCCUUCUCCUUCUCCUUCUCCUUCUCCUUCUCCUUCUCCUUCUCCUUCUCCUUCUCCUUCUCCUUCUCCUUCUCCUUCUCCUUCUCCUUCUCCUUCUUCUUCUUCUUCUUCUUCUUCUCCUUCUCCUUCUUCUCCUUCUUCUUCUUCUUCUUCUUCUUCUUCUUCUUCUUCUUCUUCUUCUUCUUCUUCUUCUUCUUCUUCUUCUAGGCCGCCGUUGCCAGGAUGACAGAGGAAGAAGAGAGGAGGGGAGCAGGGAUGAAUGGGAUAAAAGAAACCCUCAAUUUUGUAUAGUCCCCACUCUUAACUCUAUCAGCAACGUCUGAAUCCCCCCUUCCUGUUAGUUGCCCUUGAAAAUUAUGUUGUUUCCCCUAAAGACUUCAACCCCCCCUCCACUCCCCUGAUGAUAAAUGAUGAGUGAUCCCUUUGGUUAUCUUUUGUUUCUAGGGAAACGAAGGAUAACCUAAGAACGCCAUCUCCUCGCUCUGUUAUUUAUAAGACAUAAUAGCGAAGCAAAGUGGAAAAUUGGCAUGGGAUUUAGUUUUGUUCAAUUCUUCAGUUACAAACAGUACAGUUGUGCUUGUCAGGUAUCUUGAAGACAUCUGUGAGGCAACAAUCUCAUGAACAUUUAUUUGGAAAGUGUUUCGCUUUUUUAGUAACGAGCUAACUAGUGAGGUUUAAAAGCAAGUAAAAGUGUUUUGAGUAGAAGUCUCAAAAAGAAUUCAUAGUUAGUAUAUUGAAUUGGAUGCUGUAUAAUAUGGGCUUUAAGUGUUUACUUGACUGUUACGUAGCUGUAUGUGUGUUGUUUAUUAACGAUACCGAAGGAAUACUGAAGGGUUUCUUUCAUUCAGGUGUUCAAGAUGUCAUUGCAAGAGGCCAGAGAGAGGCACACAAAAUUGAUGGAGUCGAGUUAGAAGUGAUGCCCUAUUACCCUUUCCUCGAGAACGCAGCAUCCAAGAGAAUGGAGGUGACGUUUGAUCCAGAUAUUUAUAAAUAUAUUAAGGUUCAUCACAAGAGUGAGCUGCAAACGUUACUCGAGAAGUACAGUGUAGAGGCUGAACUCUCAGAUGGCUCGAUCCUUAUCAUUUCUCCUGCGGAUUCCAAAUGCGACACUACAUGGGAAGAAGGGGCAGAGAGUUUUAAGAGUUUCCUGUUCAAUUUCAAGAAGUCUGAGAUAUCCGUUCCUUCCGAAAUAUUUGAUGAGGUCUCAAAACGCUGGCAGCUUCAAUGUUCCUCGCAGGGAACAGCCAAUUUUCUGCUCUCAUUUGAUAACCAUAGAAGACUAGCCGUAACUCUAGGCAAGAAGACUGUCGUGGAGCAGGAAGAGGAAAAACUGAAGGAAUUGAUGACAGAAGUAAAGCAAGAUUCAGAGCUGAUGAAAUCUGUGGUUGAGGUCGUGGAAACUAAUUAUUCUAGGUCCAGACUUACUUUACUCGAGAUGUCAGGCCUGUGUAACAAGCUUGCCGAUGAAUACCGACACUUAAGUAUUAAUGUUGACAGUGUUGGAGAAAAGCUGUGUUUCAAGGGUCCAAGAAAAAACAUUCAAGAAGUCAAACUUGAAGUGGUCACAUUUAUCUCAAAAGUAAUUGAACGAACGACUGAACAACCAACCGGCAUCAUAGAUGUUUUGAGGCAACAACACGUUUCAACAUUCUUACAAGAACUGUUUGAAAAGAAAUCUAUUCAGGCUGUGAUACUUCUUGACCAAGGGAGAAAUUCAAACGAAGUCCAAGUGGUCGGCGUUGAUGCAAAGAACGCGAAAGAAGCAGAAGCUAUUUUACAAGAUUCCCUCAAAGAAAAGAGUAUCCAUCUAGAACCUGAAAAUACCCAAGUCAUCAAUAGUCAUGAAUGGAAAGACUUCCAGUUGUCGAUGACAUCGAAUUUUAAAGUUGGAAUAGCAGUUGACGCCUCUGUAAGCAAUGUGUGGAUCAGUGGUAUCACAGACGAUGUUGACAACUGUUCAGAUCAAGUACAGAAGUUUCUGGAAAAGAACACCAUAUUACACAACGUUGUCCAAGUUGAAGAGGGAACAGCAAGAUUUAUAGCAACGUUGUGGGAAAAGAAGCUUGAAGCCAUCAAAGGAGAACUUUCUAACUGCUACGUUGACAUGAGAGUGACAUCUGACUACACAGGGAUAGAGGUUUCCGGCACCGCCGAAGGAAUAGCAAAGUGUGUUCCUCAAAUUCAUAAUCUCGUCGACACUGUUCAGAAAGAGUGCAUUGCAAUUGACAAACCGGGAAUGAAGAAAUUUUUUGAAGAUGGCAAAGGACAAGCCAUCCUAAAAUCUGUUGGGGAUUUCAACAAAUGUGUUAUUUUGACUACUGAAAACAACGAAGUCGAAAGCGUGCCUGAUUUCUCAAGAGAAGAUGAACACUUUCAGUCAGCUGCAGAAUUUGUUUGCGGCUGUUCAACAAAACAUGGAAAGAAAAUUUCGAUAAUGAAAGGUGAUAUUACAAAGGAUCGUGUGGACGCCAUAGUGAAUGCAGCUAACGACAGAUUACAUCACAUAGGGGGUGUCGCUGGAGCAAUCGUGACAGAAGGCGGCAGAGAUAUUCAAGAAGAAUGUGACACUUUCGUUAGACGGAAUGGUCCUCUGCUUGAGGGCCAUGUAUUUGUUUCUGGUGCCGGAAAAUUGCCCUGUAGUCAAGUUAUCCAUGCUGUCGGGCCUAAGUGGAGUCCUGAGGCAGACAAGAAGAGACAGAGGGAAGAAGUAACGCAAGAGGAGCGGUAUCUCAAACAAGCUAUUAUGAAUGUUCUUGCAAAAGCAAAACAUCUUACGUCACUGGCCAUUCCAGGUGUUAGUUGUGGUAUUUACAACUUCCCUCGCGAUCUCUGUGCUAAGAUUAUAUUAGACACUAUACUCGAGUUCUGUGAAAGAAAUUCAAACUGCCAUCUGUCAGAAAUUCAUCUCAUCGACAAAGAUGACAAGACUGUUCAGGCUUUCGAGGGAGAAUUUAAGGAAAGAUUUGCUGACGAACAGACGUUUCGCGCCCGUAAAGUUGGAAAGUCUGUCUUUAGCUCUGCACCUAAUUACUCUGAUUAUGGUCGUGCUGCUCAAAUGAAGAAGGCGCGUGCUCCACGAUCAUUUGUGACCCAAGGAAUUCGCGUAACAGUAGAGAGCGGCGAUCUUGCUGACCAACGGGUAAGCAGUUGCAGAAUAAUAAAUCAUUUAAAUCUGUUAAGGUCUUUCUUAUGUCAUAAAACAAUAUUGUGCCAACCAAUUACAGCAUACUCGCCUCAUCUGUCUAAAGAGAGGGUAAUCCAGCAUUACAUCAAAGGAAGUAUUUUAUCCCUGGCUAUACUUCCUCGACAAAGGCACACGUCUGUAAUGACGAUUGUAAAAAUUGAUGGCUAAGGUACUUUUCCUUUGAUUGUUUAGGCCGAUAUUUUAGUUGGAACAGCGGCAUCAAAUCUCAAUUUGUCACAGAAUCCUUGUGCCAGGGCACUCAGUCAAAGAGCGGGACCAGCAUUGCAAAAACAAUGUAACAAAGUAGGGCAGGUCGCUGUUGGUGAUAUUGCCGUUGUCGAUCAACCAGGAAACCUCAAAUGCCAAGCAGUUGUCUUUGCUGUAUGCUCCGAUUGGCAAGAUGGAAAAGGAAAAAAGGUAUUUGAAUUUUAUUUCUGCUACCGUUAAUUAAUGAGAAAAACUUUACUAAUGGAUGAAAAGAAGGAUCGGAGCGGCUAAAUAAUUGUUAACUGACUGACUGAUCGACUUACUAACCGAUGGGCUCUAAAAGAAAGCGAGCUUUUGGUCAUGACUGACAGAGUACCUCCACGAGAAAUCAAAAUAAUAGCCUUCUGCAUCUAAUGCAUUUCGUUCAAUAACAUUACGGUAUCUGAGCCAUUUUCUCACAAGAAAUCUCUUUUAGUGAAAUACAACGCGAGCUGCAUAAAUAGCAUUCGUCUGUUUGAAUCAUGACAUUAAAAUAUCUUGCGAGAUUUCCGAGACUUAACUCGGUAUUAUUGCGCUAACUGCUCUCAGUUAUAACAUGAAGUCAUCGUGAUCACUGAUGUAUGAGUAACUAAUACCUGGCAACCUCUGCAUUUUCAGGUUCUGAAGAGGUUAAUCAGGAAAUGCCUUGAAGAGGCGACAGGAGCUGGAGUGGCAUCCAUUGCAUUUCCUGCCAUCGGAACAGGAAUACUUGCAUUUCCCCGCGCUGAGGUCGCAGAAAUCUACUUUGAUGAGGUAACAUCUCACAGUAAAAAAAACCCGUCAACUACACUUAAAGAAGUCAGGUUUGUUCUCUAUGACAAAGACUACCCAACUAUCCAAGCCUUCGAAGAGGAGAUAAAAAGAAGAGAUAUGGAAAACACUCCUAUUCCGGUCAGGAGAGCCGCGCACCCAAUUAAAAUUCAAUCCACGAAUAACCCCUCUUCGGCUGUUUAUGCAUCUUCUUCUCCCAACGUGACAUUUUCGCCAGUACGAGAACGAAAGCCAGAUCACUUGGAAAGUAAUGUUGGAGCACUGUGCUUCCUUGCCCAACCAGGUGACAUUACUAACGAGAGUACGGAUGCCAUCGCCAUCAUAUCUAACCCGGAGCUGGAUGUGAAGAGGGGAGGUGGAGCAGGGGCAGCAAUUCUUAAGAAAGGAGGUCACUCCAUUCAAAGAGAGUGUCAGUCAUUUGGUCCACAAUCACCAGGAGCAGUUGUAGUUACAAAAGCGGGUAACUUAAAUGCAAGGUUUGUCUUCCACAUAGUCCUUCCACAACCUCUAAACAACAAAAGCAUCAAAGUAUCAGUAAUGAAGUGUCUUCAAGAGGUUGAGAAAAGGGGUCUUUCAUCGAUCUCAUUCCCUGUCAUAGGAACAGGCAAUCUUGGUUUUACAGCAAAGUCCUGCGCGGAGACAAUGUUAUCAGCAGUUUGCGACUUUAACAAUCAUCAGCCUGCUUCUUUAAAGCUCGUCAAGAUGAUCAUUUUCCAAAAAGAAAUGAUUAAAGACGUCCGCCAGGCAAUGGAAGAAGCAUCCGGACAAGCACCAGCCAACAAACCUGGAAUUUUUCAACGAGUUGUCUCCAGAUUCAGUGAUUUAUUUGGCUUCGGGGAAAAGGACAUUGAGCUUCCAAAGAGCCAAGAUUCCAACAAAAUUCUCCACCUUGCAGUUUUUGCUGGUUGUAAAGAGGACAUUCAAGGAGCAACUCGCCGCAUAAACGAAAUUAUGAAAGAGAACUCAACGACGCAAAUUAUUAAGCAAGAAGCCGUCACUAUAUUCUCUAGAGAUAAUCUCCGCAAGAUUCACACCCUUGAGCAAAUACAUGAUGUUUCAGUGUCAGUCGAGAAACUUGCAGGGCGCAUCGUAAUUCGUGGGCAGACUUCAGACAUCCUCAACGUUUCAGGUGAGAUCCAUACGAUUUUGCACAAAUUGAAAGAGGAAGAACACGAACGCAAGCGAGCUGAAGAGUUGUCAAAGGAUAUCAGAUGGAAGUACCAUGAUGGCAAUAACUUUGUGGAAUAUGGAAGCCUCGUAAAUGCAAAGAUCGAAGCUGCUCAUAAUCAGAGGAAAACUGGAGUGACCAUAACCUCUGAGGAGGAAGACGAUUUCCGAGUUGAUUUCAGCUCAAUGACGAUGACCGAUCCGCGUGGCGUUGCCACUCCAGUCGAGAGAAUUGAUCUGCGAAAAGGUAGGACUAAUAAAGUUUGGUUCUAAAUUGGACGAGUUAGGGAGCGUCCGUACAUCAAAGCUCAUCCAUGAACCCGAUUCUAACUCAAGAAUGCUUCAUUCGAUAUAAUCUACUCUCGUGUUAUACUGGUAUUGAUUUGUAUUUACAUUGUACGAGAAAGUCGUCAUUCACUUUCACAUCAAUGAUACAGAUUAACAAUAUGGGACAUGAUCGAUGGCAUGACUAUGUCAUUGGUAGACUUUCUUGCCAGUUUGAAUUCAGACCUGCGGUUGUUUUAUAGAGUUUGUAAUUCACCUUGCAACUCUAUCUAAUAACAUGUAAAACAAUAUUUAGUAAUUGUUCAAGUAAUUUUCUGCUUAAAUUGAGAAAGCCAUAAAAAGUCAACUCCCUACAAAGGAGAGAAACACAAAUUGGAACUCCGAGAAAAGGGCUAACCCGAAUUAGGCAUUUCUUCCCUUCCUCUCUGAAGAUAACGCUAGUACCGAAUUUGUAUUAAACUCUGCCAGUAGCAUUUGAGUUAACCUAACUCUUAACAUAACCAUUUUCCUUCCACAAGGGGUCCUGCAACUUCCUACUUACUGGAUUCCACAACCAAAGGACUCACAGGGCUUAGAAAUGACUGUACAUCUUGUUGAGCUGGAUCCUGUGAAAGACUCACAGCAGUACGCUCAUGUUCAGAACCAAUUCCAGCAAACCUGUUCCAACCAAAUUUUAAAGAUAGAACGAGUACAAAAUCCACAUCUCUUUGGCUCGUACAUGAUCCGAAAACAGAAGAUGGACGAGACGAAGGGAAGCAACGAGCGGUGGUUAUUUCACGGAACUCCGGGUGAUAACUGCAAAUUAAUAAAUCACAAAGGUUUCAACAGAAGCUUUCAUGGUAAAAAUGGUGAGUAAGCUAUCUUCGAUUUUAAAGACAUUAAGGAAAGUAAGAGUUUGAACAAAAAGCACAAGUAUCAGCCCUAAAUCGCAAAAUAGAACUCGAUCUCGCAAAUGUCUUUAUGCUACAUGGUAAUGUGCAACAAUGUGUCACUAUAUCAUUAUGCUCUUAUCAAAAAACCUCGUUUUUACAAUCUCGCUUUAUUCACUAUAGUUCCCAUGCGCACAGUUAAACAUCAAAACUUAUUCAAUUACUUAUUUUGUUUUGUUUGUUUGUUUGUUUUUUUUCAUAUUUGAUUUACUUAUUCUCAGAAUUUAUCAAAAGACUUCUCGACCUUAAUUGGCCACUGUUACCAUUUAGCUCCAGCAGCACGAGAGCUCGAUAACUCGGUGGUCAAUUAGGCUUACACGUACUGAACCAAAACUGCUGGGUUACGAAACCCUGUAGCAAGCGAAUUUAAAACUCUCCUUGACCUUUCAGCAACCGUCUACGGAAAUGGCGUGUAUUUUGCUGAGGACGCCUCAUACUCAGCUCGGUCAACCUACUCACCAGCCGACAUGAGUGGUCAGCGGUACAUGUAUUAUAGUAGAGUCCUGGUUGGUGAGUAUGCACAAGGAAAACAAGGUCUCCUCACGCCUCCAGCAAAGAAUCCAAAUGAUCCAACCGACACUUAUGACAGCGUGGUGGAUCAAAUCCCCAACCCGAAAAUCUUUGUUGUGUUCUAUGACUCGCAAUGCUAUCCAGAGUAUUUGAUUACCUUUUGCUGACUCGCACACGGUUUUCGGCGCUGUUUAGUGUAACACAACUUGUGCUUCUUUGUUUAACUGGGAAAAAGACGUUUCGGUGGAUAGAUGUCGUUAGUUUCUCCGUUUUAUAGUUUGUUUUGUUUUAUUUGUGUCUGUUUCUCCCUUUUUUUAUUUGUUGUUGUUGUUGUUUUUGAUAUAUUAUUACUGAUUUUCGUUGUAAUAGUGAGCCGACUCAAUGAAGAAUCUUUUUGUGUAUCAGCAAAUUACGAUAUCAUAAAUCGCGCAUGGAUAACAAAAUUAUUUGUGUCUGUUUUUUCUAUGUUUUUUUCGUUCUGUUUUUUUUAUUUGUUUGUUUGUUUGUUUUCUUGUUAUCAGUUGUUAUAGUGAGCUGCCUCAAUUUAGAUUUGAAUUUUUGUGCAUCAUAGAUCGCGCACGGAUAAAGAAAUCGUGCAGCGACACUUAUUUAGCUCUCUGUAGUAGGACUAUUAAUGCGAAACAGCUAUAUUUGUUUCGCACUUUCCUCAACACCCGGCAAAAUUAUUUAGAUGCAUGGUAAAUCACGGAGGAAUGAUCAUCUUGUGAAUCAUGGCUACUACCAAACAUAAGCUAACUGAAUUAAGCUUGAACAUCCUGUCAAUAUGAGUUUGUAGGGCUCCAUGUGGAAACAUCUAAAUCGUUCCUCCUGAGGUAGCUCUAUUCACUGCAGGUGUCGUUCGGCAACGUUAUAAUUAAGGAGGGGAGAAUGGGGUGAGGGAGGGCUUUUGUUAAUCUAGGCCAAGCUCGCAGUCGAAAAAGAUUAUUUAAAAAAGAAUGAGCAAAAAACCGCCAGGUAUUUGGCAAUGAAAAAAAAAAGAGUUGCGAAAGACUGUGAGAAUUGCGUUUUUAACACCUCAUUUGCCCUCUUCGCUUCUUUUUGCGAAGUUUGAUUUCAUUUUCAAAUUGGUAACUAAGCAGAACAUUUUCGCCGAGGUAUAACAUGGCAGUAUAUUUUAGCAUAGUUUAGCAAUAUUCGCCGCGUUUGCCCUAUUUUCCGGUUAACUCCAUUCUUUGAAGGAAACAAGGAAAAAAAAAAGAAAAAGAAAGCGAGUUAACAAAUAUAGAAAAAAAAGUGUGGAGUAAAAUAUGCAUUUUUCUAUUUUUUACCGUCUUAUUGUGGUGGAAUUCUUAAUUGCUUUCGAUUUUAGCCAUAUCAGCUCAUCAAGAGAAUAUAAUCUCAUGUAACCUGCGAUUAGGGCCUUUUUUCCUGCUGUUUUUUAUGUUAGUAGGUUUGCUAGCUUGUUUGGUUAUUCGUUCGCUUGAUUUUGUUCUUUUUUUCCCAUGCGGAAAGCAUCAGCGAGGUUUAAGAAAUGGGAACAGUGGGUGGGUUCGAUACAGAUGACAUCUUGAAUCGCUUUUUAUAAUGUUCAUGUACACAUUACUGCAACAACUGAAAUAAUGUCACUAAUAAGUGAAUGAGUUUGAAAACAAGAAGAUGCGGUCCCAAGGCACACAUUCACGAAGAAAAUGUGAUGGCACCCAGCUGUUUCAUUCUCUAAGGGUUGAAUUAUACGAAAUCCCUUGAAUAUACACUUUUAAGCUUCCAAGUGAGGCCUUAACGAUUGUAUUUGGUUGAUUCUUGGAAUAAGGUUUCGCUGAUCCACGUCUUGCAACGUUCUAAAUCAGCUUUAAAAAUGCUUUAAAAUGCAUCAUUAAUUCCCCAUUGAAUCUUGUCGUUUGCUAUUAACGUUCUUGUAGUAAGGUGUACAUGAACACCCAAACAUUUAGUUUAAAUAUAAUGACGGGAAGGAAUACGACUGUACAGCUGAAGAUAAUGUACCAUGGCUACAUGUGUAACGAAUUGGUUUAACAUGUAACCUUAUGAAGCUGUCUCUUGGAUAAGCUGCACAGCUUGUCCAUUGUUACACUCCAGUCUCUCGUCAAAUAAUAAAAUUAUCACUUGGAAUGAAGGAACUUAUCGUUGUUUUUCAGUCUCUCGUCGGCAGUGACGUAAAAUCCCAUGUUUUUUGUUUUAUUUUAAACCGUGGUAAGCGCAGGUCAAACAAUUCACACGCCAGGAAAACUAAUCUUCUUCAGUAGUGAAAAUAACCAACUAGGACAUAAAUAUCAAAAAAACUUGAUGAACGAAAAAUAUAUUCUAACAAUAUGAAAUUAACGCAAACUUCGUAUCUAUCGUCAAACAAUUGUCGUCGAAAAAACUAUAUUUGCACUCUUCAAAUGUAACAUUACUUUCAAAGAAUUGCAAUAACAACAAUCCCUAAGGGGACCAGUCAUUUUUUAUUGCGGGGGAAGGGGGAUUGGAGCAUUUUGGUUGUGUCACCAUAAAAUUUACUUGAUCUCCCCCAUGAGGCUCUUUGACAUUCUUUUAACCCCCCCCCCUCCCCCUCAAUAGCAUUUAAUUAGCAGCCUCCUUUCUCAAGUCAACCUUUUAUACUCUGUCGGCCACGAUUGAUCCCCCACUGCUCUCCCUGAGAACCAUAUGACUCCCC